AUGGGCAACGCCUGCUUCUGCCCGCCAUCCGCCGCCGUCAAACUCAUAGGCGGCGGCGGCGGGGGCGGCACCAGGAUCCUCACCGGCCGCAAGCACCUCGCCGGCGAGAUAAUGUUCGAGUUCCCGGAGCACAUGGUGUGCGACGCGGCGUCGUUCUUCAUCGGGCACCCGAUCCCGUCGCUGGCCAUCGACGACCACCUCGUCCCCGGCCGGACCUACUUCCUCCUGCCGCUCGACUGCAUCACGAGCAACGUCCUCUCCACCUCGUCCCUCGCCGCCCUCGCCUCCCACUGCAGGCCGGGCAGCCCGGUCAGGUUCAAGGACUGCCCCUUCGAGUACCUCAAGGGCUCCGACGGUAGGGUCUUGAUCAAGGUCAUGCCGGAGUUCAUCGCCAGAUUGAUCGCCGGGGAGAGUAAGGUGGACGGCGACGGCGACGGCGGCGCCAGUCCUAGUAGCGUUUUGUGCAGCACGCCGGAGUUGCAGAAGCAUUACAGUCAGCUGGUGGGGCCCAGGGAUCAGCUCUGGUCGCCUAAACUCGAGACGAUUUCGGAGUAUAAGAUCAGGUUUUCUCCCUGCAGAUUCAUAGGGUUAGAGUGGAAGCAGAAGGAGGUUGAAACCUAA